AUGCUUGUUGCAGUUAGUGGUACAAAGUUUAGUGGCAUUGAGGUAGCAGUCGAGGUCCUGGUUGAGGAAUUUGGGUUUGAAUACCUGUGCAAGCAAGAUCCAGAAGAAUUGCUAGAGUAUGCAAUUAAGAACUAUACAAGAAACAUGGUGGUACGUUGCGAGAGUUUAUCGUUGCUAGAAACUCUUGAAAAGAGACCUUUUUUCGUUCAUCUAUCGUUAGAUGCGUCUGUUGGGAUGAGGUACAAGUUGAGUAAGCAGAUUACAUCCCUUGAAGAGUUCAUAGACCUCUUAGAUGUCCAUGAUUUUGAGAAAGACUCUGUGGAGAUGCGGGAAAGGUCUCAUUUGAAGUUCAAGAUUAUCAACAAGGACUUGCAAACGCUCAAGUUGAGAGUAACAGAGGCAAUAGGACUUCAACUACAGGCUUUGAAGGGGCCCAAUCCCACAAGUGAGAUCGUCCCACCAUUGAGACCGGAUUGGGACUCCUAUUUCAUGAAACUGGCUACAUUGGCGGCGUCUCGCUCUAAUUGUAUGAAACGGAAAGUUGGGUGUGUUAUCGUGAGAGAUCGUAGAGUGAUCGCCACUGGUUACAACGGGACUCCUCGUAAUUUGACUAACUGCUUCAAUGGUGGGUGUCCCCGUUGUAAUGGAGGUGGGUCCAGUGCAUUGCAUACAUGUCUCUGUCUUCACGCUGAAGAAAAUGCUCUACUAGAGGCUGGUAGAGAUCGUGUAGGACCUAAUGCUAUCCUUUACUGUGAUACUUGCCCUUGCCUUACAUGCUCUGUAAAGAUAGUGCAGACAGGUAUAACUGAGGUCGUCUACAGCCAAACUUAUCGAAUGGACGAAGCCAGUUUCCAAGUUCUACGGGAAGCUGGAGUCAAGAUUAGACAAUUCAGUUUCGUUUUGGAGCCCCGGAUAAUGAUGGUAUAA